UCCCGUGUCCGUCCCUGUCCCCCCCCAGCUUUCUAGUAAUGGCAACCUACACUUGCAUCACCUGCCGUGUGGCUUUCCAGGAUGCUGACAUUCAGCGCGCCCAUUACAAAACUGACUGGCAUAGGUACAACCUGAAGCGUAAGGUUGCUGACAUGCCUCCUGUCACUGCUGAGAAUUUCCAAGAGAGAGUCCUAGCCCAGAGAGCAGUAGCAGAGGAGCAGAACAAAAUCACUGCCACUUACUGCACAGUUUGCAGCAAGAGAUUCUCCACCUUCAAUGCCUAUGAGAAUCACUUGAAGUCCAAAAAGCACCUGGAGUUGGAGAAGAAAGCUGUUCAAGCUGUCAGCAAGAAGGUGAAAAUAUUAAAUGAAAAGAACCUGGAAAAGGGGCUGGCCCCAGAGAGUUUAAACAAGGAUGAGAUGAAUGCAGCUAUUCAGCAAGCCAUCAGGGCUCAGCCGUCUUCGUCUCCGAAGAAGACGCCUUUACCUCCGAGUAACGCAAGCGGCUCUCCGGUUUCUACGAGAAGCGCCACCUUAUCGCAGAGUAGAGAGCGAUCGGAGAAACCUCCACGGCUGCAGUGGUUUGAACAGCAAGCAAAGAAGCUGGCCAAACAGCAAGCAGAGGAAGAGGAGGAUAUGGAAGAAGACUGGGAAGAUAUGGAUUCUGAUGAAGACAUCGGCUCUGAAGAAGAGAUGGAAAGCGUGGGAGAAGAAGAGGAGGAGGAGCAGGCAGAAGCUGAAAGCACGCCUGCUGUUGGGGCUAUACCAGUCACAGACUGCUUGUUCUGUCCCCAUCAUUCAAGAUCUCUCACGAAAAAUGUGGCACAUAUGACAAAAGCUCACAGUUUCUUCAUUCCGGACAUAGAGUACCUUGUGGAUCUCAGAGGACUAAUCAAGUACCUGGGAGAGAAAGUUGGCGUUGGGAAAAUCUGCAUCUGGUGCAAUGAAAAAGGAAAAUCCUUCUACUCUACAGAAGCGGUACAGGCUCACAUGAAUGAUAAAAGCCACUGCAAACUCUUUACAGAUGGAGAUGCUGCCCUGGAAUUUGCAGACUUCUAUGAUUUUAGGAGCAGUUACCCCGAUCACAAGGAUGGGGAAGAUGUGGAGGUGCCUGGAGAGCGCCCAGCAGAGAGAGAGUUGGAUUAUGAUGAUGACACCAUGGAGCUGAUCCUUCCUUCAGGUGCGAGGGUGGGUCAUCGUUCUUUAAUGAGAUACUACAAGCAACGGUUUGGUCUGUCAAGAACAGUGGCUGUUGCGAAAAACAAGAAAGCAGUGGGUCGGGUGUUACAGCAGUACAGAGCUUUGGGCUGGACCAGUCAGACAGGGGCGGUCUUUGCUCAGCAGCGCGAUAUGCAGUACCUGCAGAGGAUGAAGUCAAAGUGGAUGCUCAAGACAGGAAUGAGUAACAAUGCUACAAAGCAGAUGCAUUUCCGGGUGCAAGUCAGAUUCUGAGUCCCCAAGAGAGCUGCAUGCAACUGGUUUUGGGAAGGGACUUUUAAUGGUUUCUGGGCCAAGGGUUCUGUUACUAAAACGGACUUGUACCUAUCGAAUGGGGCUGUGUAUGCUGGUGUGCCUUCCUGUCUGUGAGAAGAAGAGUGGGGAGCUUGUCCUUCUGGUGAAAUGAUGGUUGGCCUAACUUAAAAAAUAAAAUAUCUUGAAUGGAGUAUGUGGCAAAGUAGUCAUGGCUAUGAAUAAAGAUGCAUGUGGAGUCUUGCUGCCCAUCUUUGUGCAAUCCACUUCCGUGGGGCAGCUGACAUUGUCAUUUGUGUGAAUAUCUUCAGCUUCCAAUUCUGCAGCGUGGCUGAGGCCAAGUGAAGAUGUUAGAUCUAGUAGCCUGAGAUGGAGUGUUGUGAAGGUUUUCACUUAAGUCAGCUGGGUGGUUUGGACUUCUAGCUGGCACUACUGAGGUGAAAAGUUGAGAGCAGAGAUUCUGGGAGGGUUAAGUGAUGUUGUUAGAAGAAGUGCGCUGAUGGAAAACAUAACCCCAGAAUUAAUGUUGUCCUCAGUUGACUGUACGUGCUUAAUGCUGCAGCUCAGGGCUGGAUUAAUAAUGU